AUGGCAAACAAUGGUGUUCCCUUCCAAGUUCCAUUGCUCACUAAGAGCAACUAUGACAAUUGGAGUCUUAGGCUGAUGGCUAUCCUAGGACCACACGAUGUGUGGGAGAUAGUCGAGAAAGGCUUCAAUGAACCGGAGAAUGAUGGUGGUCUAUCUCAAACUCAAAAGGAUGGUUUGAGAGAUUCAAGGAAGAGAGACAAUAAGGCUCUCUGUCUAAUCUAUCAAGGAUUAGAUGAAGAUACAUUUGAGAAGGUUGCUGGAGCAAAGACAUCCAAAGAAGCAUGGGAGAAGCUUCAGACAUCUUACAAGGGAGCGGGACAAGUUAAGAAGGUACGUCUUCAAACUCUAAGAGGAGAAUUUGAAGCAUUACAAAUGAAGGAAGGAGAACUCAUCUCAGAUUACUUCUCAAGAGUCUUGACGGUUACUAAUAACCUAAAAAGAAAUGGUGAGAAGUUAGAUGAGGUAAGAAUCAUGGAGAAAGUUCUUAGAUCAUUGGAUUCAAAAUUCGAGCAUAUCGUCACUGUGAUUGAAGAGACAAAAGACUUGGAGACUAUGACAAUGGAGCAACUUCUUGGAUCACUACAAGCUUAUGAAGAAAAGAAGAAGAAGAAAGAAGAUAUUGUGGAGCAAGUUCUCAAGAUGAGAAUUGAUCACAAGGAAGAAAGUGGCCGAAGCAAUCUAAGACGUGGUGGCGGUCAUUUCCGAGGACGAGGUCAUGGUGUAAAUGGACGAGGUUGGAGACCAUAUGAAGAUAACUCCAACCAAAGAGGAGAGAAUUCAUCAAGAGGUCGUGGAAGAGGAAACCCAAAAUCAAGGUACGAUAAAACAAACAUCAAAUGCUAUGCUAUAGUUGUGGAAAGUUUGGACAUUAUGCUUCUAAAUGCAAAACUACAAACCACAAUAGAGUUGAAGAGAAGUCCAACUAUGUUGAAGAAAGGAGUAAAGAAGAAGAUAUGCUAA